ACUGGGGAGAGUGGAAAAAGCACGUUCAUUAAGCAAAUGCGUAUAAUUCAUGGCUCAGGCUACUCUGAAGAGGACAAAAAAGGCUUCACCAAGCUGGUGUACCAAAACAUCUUCACUGCCAUGCAGUCUAUGAUCAGGGCCAUGGAAACCCUGAAGAUUCUGUACAAAUAUGAACAGAACAAGGCCAAUGCAGUGCUGAUCCGGGAAGUGGAUGUAGAAAAGGUCAUGACAUUUGAGCAGCCAUAUGUAAGUGCAAUUAAAACAUUGUGGAACGACCCUGGAAUACAAGAGUGUUAUGACAGGAGAAGAGAAUAUCAGCUUUCUGACUCAGCUAAAUACUACCUUAGCGACGUGGAUCGUAUUGCUACCCCAGGAUAUCUACCAACUCAGCAAGAUGUGCUACGGGUUAGAGUUCCUACAACCGGUAUCAUAGAGUACCCCUUUGACCUAGAGAAUAUUAUCUUCAGAAUGGUGGAUGUUGGCGGUCAAAGAUCAGAACGAAGGAAGUGGAUUCAUUGCUUUGAAAAUGUGACUUCUAUCAUGUUUUUAGUAGCACUUAGUGAAUAUGACCAAGUUCUGGUGGAAUCUGAUAACGAGAAUCGGAUGGAAGAGAGUAAAGCUCUCUUUCGAACCAUUAUCACUUAUCCAUGGUUCCAAAACUCUUCUGUUAUCCUCUUUCUCAACAAGAAAGAUCUGUUGGAAGACAAGAUCCUAUAUUCCCACCUUGUUGACUAUUUCCCAGAGUUUGAUGGCCCACAGAGGGAUGCACAGGCAGCCCGUGAGUUCAUUCUCAAGAUGUUUGUGGAUUUAAAUCCAGACAGCGAUAAAAUCAUCUAUUCUCACUUCACAUGUGCCACAGACACAGAAAACAUCCGUUUCGUCUUUGCAGCUGUCAAGGACACCAUCCUACAGCUCAACCUGAAGGAGUACAACCUGGUUUGACCUGCUCUGCUCUUGGCCCCUUGAGAGGCUUUAUUGUGAAGAAAAGACAAAAAAAGAAAUUUUAAAUAUGACGGGAAAAAAAGUUUUAAUUUUUGAUGAUGUAAUGAUUGCAAAUUGUCUGAUCUGUGGAGUGGCAAGUGCUCAGUGUUAUCCUGGAGUCUCAUGUCUCUGUCCACAGAGUAGUUGAUUUCAUAUUUUUAACAAAUUGCUUUUAUUUCACAGUUAACGGGGAUACGCCUCAUUUCUUCAGCACCUUGCUUACUUCUUAAUUUUUGCCAAACAGCUAAGGCAGUCUCAUCUUGAGCUUUCCUUUGUUGCUUAGCCACUUUUUUUUUCUUCUUUUCAUUCCCAUGGUAUAUAUAGAAAAAAAAAACAACUUUCCAGCCGAGAUUGUGAAUUCACUGGACUGUGGGAGUGCAGAAUGCUACUGGUCCCUUUGCCUUGUGCUAUAGGGUGCCUCUGGUGUAAUUUGCUAAUCCUGCUUGCUUUCCGCCCUGCACCCCUUCUUUCCCUUCCCUUCCCCAGGACAUGCUCCAUGGUUCACUGUGAUGAAAUGUUGGGGAGGAGCGAUUGCUCUCCAACUAUUGUGCAAAAAAAGAAAAAGGCAAAACAAACAAACAAAAAAGCCAUCACUUUUCCAUUCUUUAUAUGUUCUAGUUCUGAGUUAUUUUUUUCUUAUCAAUUAUAAAAGGUAUGGAGACUGUGAUUUUUUUUUUUUUAAAUUAUUGAUGUUCUAUACAUAGUUUGCUAUGUGUUGCUGUAUUUUGUUCAUGGACUACAAAUGAUGGAAGCUCUUGGAGCAAUAGCUGCUGAGCCUGGGGAAGUGCCUGACUGUAAUUGUUCUUUUUUAUUUUAUUUUGUUUUUAUUUUUUUUCCACACACAUCUACACAUCCCCCCCGCACCACAAGCGCAUGCGCGCGUAUAAGGCUCAAUUUGCAGAGAGAAACUACGUUUUGUUGAGUAGAGUAUAUGACAUCAAGUGAGCAACUUCUCUAUGCAGCAAAUACCAAAAGCACACUGAGUAAUUGUGGCAUUUAAACA